AUGUGGGGCACGUGCCUGGGCUUCCAGCUGAUGAGCUUCCUGGCGACCGGCCCGUCGCUCAAGGCCCUCAACAUCCGCGUGCGAUGCAACAGCGACAACCAGAUCAUCCCCCUCGAGUUCACGAACGACGUUCGCUCCAGUCGCCUGUUCAGAAAUGCUCCGGAAGAGAUCAUGACCAUCCUUAGGGAAAAGAAUGUCACUGCCCACUACCACAACUACUGCGUCACUGAAGAG